GACGCGGGCAGUUCGCGUGGUCUCUUGCCUCUGCCACUUCCCGUCGCUGUCGCCUCAGCACCAUGGACGCGGUCAAGCAAGUGAUUAACUUCGGGCCCGGGCCUGCCAAGCUGCCACACUCGGUAUUGUUAGAGAUACAGAAACAGCUCCUAGACUACAAAGGACUUGGCAUCAGUGUGCUUGAAAUGAGUCACAGGUCAUCAGAUUUUGCCAAGAUUAUUAACAACACAGAGAAUCUUGUGAGGGAAUUGCUAGCUGUUCCCAAUAACUACAAGGUGAUCUUUGUACAAGGAGGUGGGUCUGGCCAGUUCAGUGCUGUCCCCUUAAACCUGAUUGGCCUGAAAGCCGGAAGGUGUGCUGACUACGUGGUGACCGGAGCUUGGUCUGCUAAGGCUGCGGAAGAAGCCAAGAAGUUUGGGACUGUGAACAUUGUCCACCCUAAACUUGGAAGUUACACAAAAAUUCCAGACCCAAGCACCUGGAAUCUCAACCCUGACGCCUCCUAUGUGUACUUCUGUGCAAACGAGACUGUGCAUGGGGUGGAGUUCAACUUUAUACCAGACGUCAAGGGAGCAGUGCUGGUCUGUGACAUGUCCUCAAACUUCUUAUCCAGGCCGGUGGACGUUUCCAAGUUUGGGGUGAUCUUUGCUGGUGCUCAGAAGAACGUUGGCUCUGCCGGGGUGACGGUGGUGAUCGUCCGUGAUGACCUGCUGGGGUUUGCUCUGAGAGAGUGCCCUUCAGUCCUCGAAUACAAGGUGCAGGCCAGCAACAAUUCUUUGUAUAACACACCUCCAUGUUUCAGCAUCUACGUCAUGAACAUGGUCCUGGAAUGGAUCAAGAACAAUGGCGGGGCUGAAGCCAUGGAGAAGCUCAGUUCCAUCAAAUCCCAAAUGAUUUAUGAGAUUAUUGAUAAUUCCCAAGGAUUUUAUGUGUGUCCAGUGGAGCGCCAGAGCAGAAGCAAGAUGAAUAUUCCAUUUCGCAUUGGCAAUUCCAAAGGAGACGAAGCUUUGGAAAAGCGAUUUCUUGAUAAGGCGGUGGAACUCAACAUGAUCUCCUUGAAGGGUCACAGGUCAGUGGGAGGCAUCCGUGCCUCUCUGUAUAAUGCUGUCACAAUUGAAGAUGUUGAGAAGCUGGCUGCCUUCAUGAAGAACUUUCUGGAGAUGCAUCAGCUGUGAGCAUGACCAACUACAGUGUGCCUGUGAAAACACGCAAAAUUUAGAGUAACGUGGGAUUGGCUACAGAAACUUAACAGACAUGGAGUUUUCCAAAUACGUGCUUAUUACAGACUCUUUUCAAAGAAUAACGGCUAAACAUCAGGGCUCUGCAGAGCUGACGACGAGCUAAUGACCGCCUUCAUUUUUACUUGAACUGGAAGCACUUUUCCUGUUGCUUUUCUAACAAGUUCAGCCUGUCAUCUUUGCUGCUCCUUUCUCUGGGUGGAUCGCAGGACUUGCCUUGGACUUUUGCCAGUUCUGGUUAGUUAUUUUUUGGGCUCCACAUAUUGCAAGGAGCUUGGGAAGCCCUGUGCGCUGGAUCUGACAGCGAUGAGAUUGCUGGGUUCUGCAAGUGUUGGUUAAAGUCAACAGCAAAUCUUGUGAGCAUUUUGGAUCUGUACACUGCUAUUCUCAAAAAGAGAUGACAUACUGUAUGAGUUUUUAUACAGUAGGUAUUUUAACACAGUUUACAGCUGUGCCUUUAUAUUGCUAAUGAAACAGUUCUGCAGAGGCAUUUAGAGUUUGGUUAGCCCAUGACAUUGUGCAUGGCUGUCCUCUGCUGCCAACACCUGCAGCCUCUCACCUACCCCAUUUUAAAGCCGCUUUAUAAGAAAGCUCUAGAAGUUCUACGAUUCACUUUUCCUCUCCUUGAGAGGAAAUGGCUAGUUCUUUGCUUUCCGGUAAGGCUGUUAAACAAAACUCAGUUACCCCUCUUCCCCUUGAACUAUGUUAACAUGGCUGUUUUGUAGUUUGACCAGGGCAACACUGUACAUUCCACAUCUUUGCUGAGGUCUUUCUCGGUUGUCCCUGUGUUGUUAGUGUUUUUGGUUGAGUGUGUGGAGAACAUUAAAGUCUCGAAGCACCUAAA